GAAAUGUUAUAGAGACAAUACAUCUGUCAUAACGCAAUGUUACUUAAUGUUGCAUAUUUCGCGUAUGUGAACUCAAAAUUCGUAAACAAAAAACAGAAAAGACUGUUUAAAUCUUAAGUGUUAUAUUAAUGCCAUUCCUUCCUUGCGAAAUCUCUUCCUUUUAACAUCUCAAACUUCUUCAAAUCAUUGGCAUCGUUUAGUGACCCCGUUGGAAAAGUGGCCGGGUGGUUGCGUAUACCUUCGUCCCAUUCUUAAAAGUGACAGGUGCCUUCAGUUCAAGUCGAGGGAGGCCGCCGGAAUGAAGUCACUUAAGAACGUGAAACAAAAGAGUAUAUGGAUUGCAUAUUUGCUGUGGCUCAUAGGGGGUUUGAUAGGCCUUCACUUGAUCUAUCUUCGACGUGACCGGCAGGCAUUUAUCUGGAUGUGCACUUUGGGUGGUUACCUUGGCUUUGGAACCAUUCGAGAUUUAUUCCGCAUUCCGGAAUACGUAAGAGAUGCCAAUACCUAUGAGGGUUACACUGCUUGUAUGCGUGAAAAGAAGCACCCACCCUUCAGUGUUCUACGUUUUGUUGGAGAGAUACUCGUGGGAAACUCUUGGACUUAUCUCCUGGCCGCAGCUGUUCCUCAGGAAGAAAUAUAUGGGUUUUCCCUUGUUCCGCUUAUACAUUUGGCGCCUCUUGGCAGUGCUUUAGCUGUCUGGACGAUUGGUAAUAUUGGACGUGAAAAAGGUGAUCUGAAAUGGGCUUUCCUUGGGGCUGCUAUCUUUGUGCCAGUGUCAGUUUUCCACCAGUCCUAUACAAACUUUGGGGCAGUUCUAUCGGCUGUGCUCUUUAACUGGAAGGGCAGGGAGUGGAGAAAGGAACGACAUACCAGGACACCAAAUUGCAAACACCUGGCAACUUUUGCAGUGUGUGGAUUGCUCUUCAGUAGUCUGUGGCUCUCUUACUUGUACUUCAAUGCAACAGUGACAGAUAAACAUGGAGAGCGUAUCAAGCUUCGAGAUGCUGCUGAGAACUUUUUGAAUUCCCCAAUGUUCCUUGAAUUUAAGAAGAACAUGAAAGCGAUAUAUGAUGAUGCAAAUGAAAAUGGAUGGGGCAAUGCAUGGUCCAACUUUGUGGACUCACUUGAUCCCUUUGGAGAAAAGCAUGCAUUGAAGGUCCUUGGUUUAGGAAAAGGGGCAACACAGGAGGAAAUAACAACUGCUUACAGGAAACUAGCCAAGGAGUGGCAUCCAGACAGACACAAAGAGGAAGAAAAGGAAAGUGCUAGCAAAGAGUUCAUCAAAAUUAAAGAAGCAUAUGAGAAGCUGUCUACUAUUAAAAAGGAGAGAGCUUGGAAGAACAAGAGAUCUGAGGAACUCUGACCUUUUUUUCUAUUUUUCUUUCUUUCUUUUACACAGAUGCCUCUACAAGGGCUUUGUAAACCAAGGAGUCAGUUAGUAGGCUUGCCUAAACUCAACUGAAUACUUCAUUCCUGUAUUUUUUCUAAAUACUGUUUAUUAGCAUAAUGUAUUAUAAAUAAUAACAAUAUGAUUAUAAUGAGGUUAUUAGUACUACUAAUAGUAAUUAAAAAAAGUCUUCAAAAGUCAACAUAAGGGUAACCAGGAGAGAUCAGGAAGGCUUAGUAAUUGACUGUACACUUGUGGAGUCUUCUUUAUGUAAACAUAAGUAAUAAACCUAAAUCACAUUGAACUUGGCAUGUAUGUACAUAUUCUCCUGCAUCACCAGGUUGUUGCCACUAAUAAACGCUUAUUCAAACCAAGAUGAGCUACUUUGGUUAAUUUCUUCUGGGGGUAUAAAUAUUAUACCCUUCAUGCUCAAAGAGGGUAUUAGAUUGUACAAUCAUUCCAUUGUUAUUUAUAUUUCUUGUUGAUUAUAUAAUACGGAUAAAGUAUUAUGUUUUUUCUUAAUUUUUCCAGUAAUGACACAAAUGUCAAAUUUGUAGUUAUGGUAGAAAUAGUUCAUUGUAAGCAAGUGUAAGUUUGGUGUCGGAGUACUGAGUUUGGCAAUCGGUUCAGGACUUGGUGAGCCGAGGCAGUUAGUGACAGGUUGUAGGCUGGGGUACAGUCAAUGUGGAGCAGAGGGAGUAUUUAUUGGAGUAUUUGUAAUGGUAGGUUAUGGAUAUCUAAGAAAGGGAUGUUUGAACUCCUGUAAUUUAUUGUUAUGAAUAUGAGAAGCAUUAAUUUUGUGUUCAGACAUGAAUCUCAUUAUAUGAUCAUAUUUUAUAUUCAAUGAAGAGGGCAAUGUGCUUACUUCUAGAGGUUAUUUAGAUUUAAAGAACUUUAAACCUUUAACUGCUCAAAAGCAUUUUUUAUGGCUAGUAGUAUAAGGAAUUUUAGAUUUAAUGGGUUGUCAUAUUGAUAACAUUGAAAUCGCACAAGAUACGUGUAUUUGCCGUCCAUCAACCCACACUUACACAUGCGUGCGCGCACACGCAACCCCCCCCCCCCCCCAUUGAUUAAUAUUUAUAUAUUCUUAUUAGUUGUUUUUUAUACCUUGGAAGUUUUGAUACUCCUUUUACAAGGUACCUUUGUUUAUUUAUUAUAUAAUUUGUCUGUAAUACUGGGUUUAUUAGUUAUAGAAGAAGAGGAAGUCCAGAAGUUGUGAUACUAUAUAUUAAUACAGGAAGUAAAUUUUGUUUUGGUUAACUGGAAUUUCUUAUUUUCUGAUUGCAACAGUCCAGUAGAAGCCAUUUUUAUCCAAGAUGUUUCCUGGGUAAUCUCUCGCUUCAAUUUAGAGUGCAAGAUGAUAAGUGCUUAUUGUCUAUUCAAAUUGGGGAACUUGUUUUAGAAAUACUUCAGUUUGGGUGAUAUAUAUAUUAACUGAAAAGGUUUUAGAACAUUUGAGAAGGAAAGAAGUCCUUGAAAUCUACUGUGAUAAUAAGGGAUUUAAAAAGUGUUUAUCAGUAGGGGGUUAUAGAUUGCUUUUUUGUAUUUUUGUAUUUUGUACAACAAUGUCUUAAUCAUUUUCCCAUCCAUUUUAUUUAUUGAUAAAUAAUAGUAUGCUAUUUAAAGGAAUUAUUAGUUUUGUUCUGUAUUCCAUGCUUGUAAAUAAGAUAAGCAAAUUGCAAAAACCUGUUUGCUCAUGAUGUCAUUAGUAAGACAUACUUCAAAAAAGGUAUGUUUACUUUAUACUAAAUUAUAUAAUGUUCAAUAUAACUGGAGACCUUAAAUAUUUUAAAAUGUGUGAUUGUAAAGUUCCUUUGUACAAGAUUGCAAACUUUGUCCGGUUUGGAAAAAAAUGCCAUCACUCUUUCUUCAAGGGUGCAUGCACAAACACUAAAUUAAAUGCAAGGAAUAAAAAGAUUUCUUUAAACCA